AUGUACUUGAACACCGGUAGUGACUAACUACGCCAGCAAACGGCCAUAUCAAUUAGAGUCAAGUACUGACAAUAACGUUUUUCAUUUGUGUAAUAAUGUGCAUUUGUCAUUUUAUUUGAGUAAACUAUAGCUUUAUUGUUACCUAUGCAAAAAGACUUUAUUGUGUUUUUUCCAAAGUUUGCAUUUAAAAUGGAAGUAUUUGUAUUUACAUUGAUUUGUACAUUCAUCUUUGUAGGAGGAAUAAAAAAUAUAUACAGCUACGGUGUACCAUGUAAAAAUUACGAAGUGAUGGUAUGUGGUGAUGCGAACAGUCAAUGGUCAAUAUGUCAACCGAAAACCCCUGGUGUCAGAAGGAUACUCAGCGCACAUCUGGAUAUCAGAUAUGAGAACAGGUAUUGUCGUCGGUACGGAAUGCCAGAGAAUUUUGGACUCUCAGCCUCUGGUCGGUCUAUGUGGACUGUAAAAUGGUGUUAUGGAACGUUCUUUCUAUGUCUAGAACUAGAUUCAGAAAUUUCUGAUGAACAUCCUGAUGGAGAUAAUAGUUUUGGCGUAGCAGCUUCCACGUCAGACCUUUAUGAACCCGACAAAACAACAUCUCAGCUGUCAGAUAAGACAACAUCACAAACAACUACCGAAUCCAUAACGACAUUAGACAAUGUCUUGACGACAGAAUUCAACUAUAAUGAACACUUUAUAGUUGAGACUGGUCCACUGGAGACGGACGAUUACAUCACAAACGAAGAGUAUUUUGAGGGCGAACUACUCACUGCUGACAACAGUUCUUCAAAUACAAGUCAUGCUGAAGAACAUAUAAUGGACAAUAAUUACGACUUGGAUCCACGUUUGAAAUUUUGGUUGAUAUUUGCUAUUGUUGGUGGCGGGAUCAUCAUAGUCAUCCUGAUUGCAGUAAUUGCUUUUCUAACAAUGCAAUGUUGUGAUUCAAACACGGAUGAGGAAAAGUCUUGUGAUUCUAAACCUAAGAAAUCAGCCAGGAGAAAGUACUUCCGGCCACAGAAAUGGUCCACCUCGGCCCUUAUGACGUCAGAACCUGAGUAUUGUACGGAUGUGUACGAUUUUAUUCCUGCUGCACAAUUUAAGCAUAUGCCCUCUAUCAGACGAGAAUAUGAAACACCUGAGAAACAAAGAAAUAAGCAAUCGGAUGAUGAAUUAAGUAAAAAAGCAACAACUGAAGUUAAUGAUGAUUCUGAAAUUCAAAAUGGUUCUUUAUCGAAGAAUAACUCUUCUAAACGCAACGAUUAUUUCAUUUUAUUACCACAUGGCCGAGAUGAUGUUUCUUUAAAUUCUAAUAAUAUCAGCGGUCAGGCAAAUACUGAGGAUAUAUAUGAUCAUUUAGUGCAUACCCCAACAGCUUCGAUGCCAGAUUCCUCUACGUAUCAUCAUCUCAAUUUUAAAAGGGACUUAACUAUUAACGAAAAAAGUGCAAACUCAGUGGACAAUCUGAAUAACCAGACGGCCCCAACUCCUGACACUGUAAGUGAUGAAUCAAAGCAUAAAUUGAUUCAGCCUGUGAAGAAAAGUAAAGUGAACUCAGAAGACAAUAAUUAUCAAAGGGAUUUAUCUCGUGACGAAAAAGGUGCAAAAUCAGAUUACAGUCUAGAUUACCGAAGAGACUUAUCUAAUGGCGAAAAAGGUGCCAAACCAGCUGACAAUGGAAAGUAUCAAAGGGAAUUAGCUGAUGACGAAAAAGGUGACAAAUCGGAUCACAACCUGAGACACGAAAAAUGCUUAACCCAUGACGAAAAAAGUGUUAAAUUAGAUCAGAAUCAAAAUUUACAAAAGGAUUUAACUGAUUACGAAAAACAGUGCUGAAUUAGAUCACAAUCUUAUCAACGGUACCUAAUAAUAAAACCAACCAUAGAAUAUUGUAAAGAUUGUUGUUCACUUCCCAUUGUAAAAUAUGAUCAUUUUAUUUAUUGUGUAUUAUAAUUAUAACACUUAUCGCCAAUAAAAUACCAGUUCCUCUAAUGGUUCAUUUUUUCGUCAUAUACAUGCUGAUGUACUUUCUGUUACUUUUGGUUUUCAAGCAGAAUUUAAGUUAUUUCUUCAGUUCUAAUACCUCUCAGUAAAAAUGAAUUAUUUCUUGCAGAAGAUUUUAUUACAUAUUACUUUGCAAAUCAGUCAGAUGAAAUAUUUCAAAUUGGUCUAAUAUUACAACUUCAUAAUGAGUUAAACAGAAUUUCUGAAUUAAUCCCGUACAAAUAAACAAUGUAUGCAAAUGCACUGUUGUAAUACAUUCUUAACAUGUUUAAAUUGGCCUCUCACAACCUUAUGACAGAGACAGUUUAUGUUUCUCUUCAAGCGAGAGUUCAUUAACUUUUGUAUAAUGUUUCCGAUAGACUAAUAAAAAAAUAAAACUGA